ACGAUUCGUUAAAAAAUUUUGGAAGCAAUUUCCCACACAAUAUUUUCAAGAAGGCCGAAUUUUAUCGCCUUUUCACAGCGCUAUUUUUACAUUCGAAUUUUAACCACAUUUGUGCAAAUACAUAUGUUCAGUUAACUGUCGGAUUUUUGUUAGAAUAUAUGUAUGGGACAUAUGUUGUUUUUUUAGUAUACGUGUUUACGGGCAUUUUUGGAAUAAUUUUAUCCUCCCCCUUAACGUACUGCUACUCGACCACCGAAAGCAGUAGCAGCUCCUCAGGAAUUAUUGGAAUUUUUUUUUCAGAAAUUUUAAUGAUGACAAAUUUUAAUGUGGAUAAAAUUAGCAUUAGUGUGCAUUUAUUUUGUUUCUUUCUCCUCCUCUUAUUUCUUAAAUUUUCUUUAAACACCGUCAGUAUUAAUAUAUACAGCCACUUUUUUGGUUUCCUGGGAGGCUUUUUAAUCGGCAUAAUUUUAAAGCGUAACCAACUGAAGUACUUUCUGAAAAAUAAUUUACUAAUUCAAAUAUUGUCCCUGGUCUUCCUGAUAGUAAGUUUAGCUACUGCUAUUUUUAUAUCAAC